AGGCAAAUACGAUAGAGGCAUUUAAGAGGCUCUUAGAUAGGCACAUGAAUGUGCAGAGAAUGAAGGGAUAUGGAUUUGUGCAGGCAGAAGGGAUUCGUUUACUUGGAUGUUUAAUUACUAGCUUAAUUAGUUUGUUACAACCUCGUGGACCAAGCGGUCUGUUCCUGUACUGGACGGUUCUAUGCUCCACGUCUCUGUGUCCCCCAGCUCCCUGCUCUGGAGCAGUCCUGAUUUUAUUCACUGGCAGUCACGGCUUCAGCUGCCAAGGUCUUAAAAUGAGGAAGCACAAGGCACCAAGGACGUUGAAUAUUUCGUCCUGAUGAAGGGUCCCGACCCGAAACACCGACCUGUCCAUUGCCCCCCCGACAGAUGCUGCCUGACCUGCCGAGCUCCUUCUGUGUUGCUCCGGCUUCUAGCAGGGGCACUGGCCCCAGCGUGCUUUUAAUUCAAACUGAACUCCUCCCCAUUUUCAACGGUUCCCGCUUCAUUUCAGCGCCCCGUUCCCGGCGCGGGACGGUUCGGUGCAGCCUGCCGGGUCCCGGCGGGUCCAGGCCUGGGACAUGCCGCCGCCGCUCGCUCGCCUCUCCCUUCUGCUGCUGGUGCUCGGCCUGGUCACCGCUGCAGACAAAAGGGAAGAAGUGGUUGGAGCCCUCGGUUCAUCAGUUUUACUAGAUCCGAAAAUCGCAGUGGAUCCCAGCAAGGAUAAAAUUAUUUGGAGGUUCAUCACCGGCGACAAAAGCCCCGUCGUUAUUCUGCAUCACAUCCCGGGUUACCCCAAGUGGGCAGAACCAAGUGAACAGUUUGAGUCCCGUUUGCAGUUUAUUCCUUCGAAUGGCUCUCUGAUGAUAAGCAGACUAACAGCCGGUGACCAGGGCAAUUACAGCUUCACAGUGGAGAGACAGGAGCGGAAUAUAAUACACUUGCUGCUCUUCGGUGAGCUGUCGGAAGCUUUGAUAUUGACCAACUCCGGCUCCCUGGGUUCCACCGUCCAGCUCACCUGUAAUGUCAGCGGAGAUCCUCAUGAGUAUCGGUGGUGGAAAGAUGGAGGGGAAAUCUCCCGGCAUCACUGGCUUAUGGAUGAGAACAGGACUCUAGUGAUCCCGGGGGCUUCAGGACAUGACUGUGGAAUGUACACCUGUGUGGCAGUCAAUCCCGUCAGCUCCGUCCACACAGAUCACCCCCUAAUUAUUCCUGGCUUUCCCCCCGAGGACAUCACAAUUGUUACUCUGUCGAUCACAGACCUGGUGAUUUCUGUAGUGCUGCUUGUGUUUGUGCAACUGCGCUGCUGGAAGACGGAAUCAGACGAAGCCAUGAGGAGCCACAGACAUUGGGUGCUGGGCCGGAAUAUCUGUAACAUUGUGUCUCUUGUCACCCUCUUCACUGCCCUCAUUUACUGGAUUGUGGUUAAAGGUGCCAGCCCUGUACCAGUGGUGGGUUGUUGCAUUGUGCUUGCUCAGCUUCUGGAUUUGACCCGACUCUUCACUGUUCACAUGUUACACCAUCCGUGCAGCGACAGUUUACAAAAAAACAUCGGAGUUUGGGACUGGGCUGGUGGUGGACUGCACCUCGCUGUGGUCAUCAUCUCCGUGACUUCCUUGACAGUGAUUCAUCAAAACAAUCCAGGCUGUGACAGCAGCCUUUUCACCGGGAGCGUAUUCUUCUCCACAAGGAUCGGGAGUGCGGUGAUCUGUCUCUUGUACUUUGUGGUCCCUCACUGCAGAAACAAAGAUACAAGUGGGAAUGUCAACACUACCAAAAGACAGCAGGAAUUGCAAGAAUUGAGAACAACCACAUCAGAUCACACAGCUGACCCCGAAUCUCUGCCGCCUGAUUCAGAACUGACUUUAUGUUCCGAUGUCCUUUUACAGUUAAAAGCCGUAUCACUCAGGAAGGCAAAUUCUCAUCAUUGCCUUGGUUUCCCAGCUGUAAACUGGAGAACUCGGGCGGGGGACGGAGUGGUGUGCAGUUGAAAAUCAGCCGAGCCUGGAUUGGAGCAAUGCUGCACUUGUGGGCAGUGAGGGAGAUUGGUAAAGGAUGCAGCAGGAUACACGAUGGCAAUAUGAGCAGAGAAACACUGGAUGGAGUUUAAUUGGACAAGUAUGAGGUGGUGCCUUUUGGGGCGUCAUAUGUUAGUGGGAAGUCCACAGGAAACAGCAGGACCAAUGGGAGCAGUGACAUAAAGAGGGAUCAUAGCUCCCUGAAACUGGUAAAGAAGGCAUAUGGAAUGCCUUUGUGGCAACUCACCGUCUAGUUGGGCAAACCGGCUCGGCAGUUGGGUCGCGCGGCGUCGGAGCGACGAGGCCCAAGAUAGCGGCAGGCCUCGUCUUUCCAAGCGGUGGGGCGAACCCACGCGCGGGAAAGUCCUGAUGAUGUAGGACUUAUGUCAUUGCCGGUUGUUUCGGGCGGGAAGAGUCUCCCUUAAAGGGCCCGCGCAAGGCGGGAAAAUAAACCAGUUCUCCGAC